UCUUCUUCUUCUCUAAAUCUGAUUCCGAACUAAAUCGACUCCGAAAAGUAAGAGCUAACCAGAUCCCUAAACUUCCUCUAGAUCUCUAAUGGCGGACGACGCUAACAGCAGCACCGACACCAUAAUUGAGAAACCAUCAGAAGAGAAACCAACUGAAGUAAAACCAGCUGAAGUAAAACGUGCUUGGGCCGAUGAAGUUGAUGACCCCGACGAAGAAGAACAACCAACUUCAUCGACAUCAGCUGAAAAAGAUCCAGAACUGAACAUCGGAUCAUUGAAGAUCGAUGAAAACAAGAAUACUGAAAAAUUUCUUGAUGAACCUGAAGAGGGAAACAUUAAAGCGGUUACUGGUGAUACUUUGUAUUCAACGGCUGUAACAUUCGAGGAUUUGAAUCUGUCUGAGGAGAUAUUGAAAGGGUUAUAUGUCGAUAUGAAGUUUACACGACCUAGUAAGAUUCAAUCUGUUAGUUUACCAAUGAUCUUGACACCACCGUAUAAGGAUCUUAUAGCUCAAGCUCAUAAUGGUUCUGGUAAAACCACUUGUUUUGUACUUGGAAUGUUGAGUCGUGUUGAUGUGAAACUAAGAGCUCCUCAAGCACUUUGUAUUUGCCCUACCAGAGAAUUGGCAAUCCAGAAUAUUGAAGUCCUUAAUAAAAUGGGAAAGUAUACGGGGAUAACCUCUUUUUGUGCGAUACCGGUGGAUAGAGCUAGGGAUAUUCCAAUUAAUAAACGAUCUCCAAUUACUGAUCAAAUAGUUGUUGGAACUCCUGGUACAAUCAAGAAGUGGAUGUCAGUCAAGAAACUCAGCGUGGACGAUAUGAAGAUACUAGUUUUCGACGAGGCUGAUCACAUGUUAGCUGAGGACGGUUUUAAAGAUGAUUCUCUCAGGAUUAUGAAGGAUAUUGAAAAAAGCACCCCACAUUGCCAGGUUCUUUUGUUUUCUGCUACUUUUAACGAGACUGUUAAGAAUUUUGUUUCAAGAGUGGUUAAAGAUGGAAAUCAGAUGUUUGUUAGGAAAGAAGAACUCUCACUGGAUGUUGUCAAACAGUAUAAGGUGAAUUGUCCAGAUGAAUAUGCAAAGAUUCACGUCAUCAAGGAUAAAAUUUUUGAAUUAGGAGAAAAAUUGGGACAGUCAAUCAUAUUUGUUCACACAAGGAGGAGUGCUGAUGUGUUGCAUAAAGCACUGUCAGAUUAUGGUUGGCAGUGCACAAGUAUACAUGGUGCCAUUGAGAAAGAUCACAGAGAUAAAAUUGUGAAGGAGUUUAAAGAUGGGUUGACUCAAGUCCUUAUAUCAACGGACCUUCUUGCACGAGGUUUUGAUCAGUCACAGGUUAAUGUGGUUGUGAACUACGACCUUCCGGUGAAAUACGAGUAUCAAUCAGAACCAGAUUAUGAAGUGUACUUGCAUCGAUGCGGUAGAGCAGGACGUUUCGGUCGCAAAGGAGCUGUCUUCAAUUUACUGUGUACGCAAAAGGAGCAUAUGUUGAUGGGGAAGAUUGAGAAUCAUUUCCAGAAUAAUAUUGUGGAGAUUUCUGAUUGGCAAAACAACAAUGAGUUCGAGUCUGCUCUGAAAGCAGCUGGUUUGAUAUGAACGCUGUGCGGAAGACAUCUUGAAUGAAUCAAGACUUAUACAAACGGAUUAUGGAUUCAAAUUUUCUGAAGUUGUACUCUAUGAGUCAGCAGUCUACGAGUCACAUCAGUUUAUAAAGCAUGCAUGAAUUUUGAUAGCAGUUGCAUAUUUAAAGUGUUCUCUGCAUAGAGUCCCAUUUUCAAGUUGUUUGGUUAUGCUUUGCGUGUCUUUGCCCAGCUUUUUUCUUUGCCCAACUAUUUUUUUUUUGUAUACUGCAUUUGCAGUUUUUGUGGUUGUGUACCGAAUUAGACUUGCACUUUGUGAUAAUUGUUUGUGAGCCUCUACGAAAAGGUUAAAAUGCAA